UAAUUAAUCGAUGCUCGAUAAUUGAUCGUUAAGAAAUGCGUCGAUCAAUUUAUAUUGUUAUCGAUCAAAAGGACGGAGAAAUAACAAAUCUAACCACCAGGGCGCGAUGUUUUAUUAUUUCUAAGGACAAAAACGUAACAGCCAAAUGAGCGGCAGUUGACUUGUGACGCAGCUCAUUUGGAAACUUGCCAGCAAAGCAAGAUUAGCCUAAACAUGAAGCGGUCCAAGCGAAGUGUUGCGUGGGACCACUUCGAUUUAAAAAACGGAGACGUUCACUGUACACACUGUGAUGCCGUGUACAAGUAUAAUUCCGCGACGACUACUAUGAUGUAUCACUUGAAAAACGCACAUCCGACCUUGUUGGCCGGCAGUUCAUCCUCCUCUCAACCUACCAUCACCUCGGUCCUAGCUAGGAGGAGCUGCGACUCACAGCGGGCAGAUAAAAUUACUAAAGGAAUCUGCAAGUUCAUUCAGACAGACAUGCUGCCUAUAAGUGUAGUUGAAGGCAAAGGUUUUGGGAAUCUGAUGGAUAUAAUGGAACCAGCCUAUCACAUUCCAUCACGGCGCACAGUCACCAGACUCAUUGAAACGCAGUAUGAAGAAAGAAAAGAGGAGUUGUUUAAAAAGUUGGCCAAAGCUGAGAGUGUUGCUCUCACGACAGACUGCUGGACAGCUUUAACAGCUGAGAGCUAUAUUACCAUCACUUGCCACUACAUCGGCGAUGACUGGGAAAUGAACUCGGCUGUCCUGUUAACAGAAAGCCUGCCAGGCUGUCACACAGCCGACUGUCUCGCGGAGAAAUUGAAUGGGGCUGUGGAGCAAUGGGGAAUUGAAGGCCGAGUAAUCGCCUGCGUACAUGAUAACGCGGCCAAUAUAGUCGCUGCUAACCGUCCAACCAGAGUCAGCUGGGUUUCCGUUGCCUGCUUUGCCCACACCCUCCAGCUGGCCAUAAAUGACGGCUUUGCACUUUACCUGAAUCGGGUAAUCUCCGCGGCUGGCAAACUGGUUGGUCACUUUAACCACAGCACAGUUGCCAGCAAAACUCUGCAAAAAAAACAAGAACAAAUGGCCCUCCCAAGCCACCGGCUUAUUCAAUCAUGUAAAACACGUUGGAACUCGGUCUGUGAAAUGUUCGAUCGGCUGGUGGAGCAACGGUGGGCUGUUGCUGCUGUCCUGUCGGACCGCACCGUGACCAAGCUCCAGGACGCCAGAAUCCUGGAGCUGAAAGAUGAGCAUUGGCGGCUGAUGGAGGAAAUGCAGCCUGUGCUGAGAGCACUAAAGUGUGCCACCACCGUCAUGUCUGCGGAGAAGGACGUCUCCAUCUCCAACACUUAUCCCAUCACCUUCGGACUCAUCAAUACCCAUCUGAUGCGCAAAGAAGGAGACGGGCCCAAGGUUAUCGAGUUCAAAACUAAAGUGCGGUCGUCCCUCAGCACCCGAAUGAAUGUUCAGUCUGCUGAAUUUGUAUCAUCGGCCCCCAUGCUUUCAGCAAUGCUGGACCCUCGUCACAAGCACCUGAGCUUUCUGACACCUGCACAGACAGUAGUUGCUAAUGCGAAAUUAGUUGAACUGGGAGAGGCAGUGGAGACAGGCCAGGAGGCUAUCGAGCAGGCUGGGGGGCACGCGGACGAAGGGAGCGCAAACACUGGAGCGGCCGCAGCCGCCACACGGGCAUCCGCUAUGGCACUUCUCCUCGGGGAGCAGUACUCCAUUAUACUGGACACUGGCAUUGACACAGAGGUUAAUAACUUUCUGAAGGAUACCCCCCCACCCCUGGAUUGCAACCCUGCCGACUGGUGGAAAGUGAAUGGGAGGAGGUUCCCCAGGCUGUCAAAGUUAGCGCGACAGUACCUUUGCAUCCCCGCAACUUCGGUCCCGUCAGAGCGGGUGUUUUCUGCUGCUGGACUGACAGUAACAAGGCUGCGUUCGCGGCUUACUCCCGAGCAUGUUAACAUGCUUAUAUUUCUAAAUAAAAAUAUGUAGGCUGGAGUUAGACAGUAGGGACAGUCACCACCGAACGUGAGUCGCUCUUUUUGUUUUAAUGUGUCGUCUCUCGCUCCGCUUUUCUUUCGGCUUGGUGCCUCUCGGAGUCGUUAUUUUGUCGAAACUGUGAAAUCUUAGCCUUGUAUGUUCAAUAAGGUAUUGCUUUUAGAUAGUAGUUCAUUUAAUUGUUUGUAAAUGGGUGGCGUGGCUCAUCUUUUUGUUGCGAGCCUUUGCCAUUGUUCGGACUUUACGAGCGCCGCA